AUGGCAGACGAGAAACCGGCCGCCGAGAGCCUAUCGAAGCCCUCCGAUAUGGAGAAAACCUCCGAGUCGCAUGAAUUUCCCCCCAAAACCAGGCUCGAUCUCUUUGAAGACCCAGACGAGGGACUGAGUGAGGAAGAGAAGGCCAAGAUCGAUCGGGCCUUACUGUGGAAGCUCGACCUGCGACUGAUCCCGUGGCUCAGCCUGCUUUACCUCAUCUCAUUCUUGGAUAGAACCAACAUUGGAAAUGCGAAGCUUGCAGGUCUCCAGGAGGACCUAAAUAUGUCAAACAACCAGUACAAUGCCGCGCUGACCAUCUUUUUUGUUUCGUAUUCCGUCUUUGAGCCUUUGACCAAUGUUUUGCUCAAGCGAAUGCGACCCAGUAUUUUCAUUCCCAUCAUCAUGGUUCUUUGGGGGAUCUGCAUGACAUGCAUGGGACUGGUGCAUAAUUACGCCGGGCUCAUGGCAGUGCGAUGGUUCCUGGGAUUGACGGAGGCCGGACUUUUCCCAGGUGUCGGAUACUUCUUGUCGUGCUGGUACAAAAGAUCCGAGUUUGGCGUUCGCAUGGCCAUCUUCUUCUCCGCUGCCGCUCUUGCAGGAUCGUUUGGAGGCCUUCUGGCGGCAGCCAUUGCUCUGAUGGAUGGAAUCGGGGGGAAGGCCGGCUGGUCCUGGAUUUUUAUCCUCGAAGGACUUGCCACGAUCAUCGUGGGGGUGCUUUCGUUCUGGAUGGUCUAUGACUUCCCCGACGAAGCCAAGUUUCUCUCGGAGACGGAUCGCAAGCGGGUGCUGCGCCGGCUGGCAGCCGACCAACAGGCAAGUGCAGAACACGAGCAAUUCAAGAUGGCGUAUUUCUGGAAUUCCCUGAAGGAUUGGAAAACGUACACGGGCGCCGUCAUCUACAUGGGCGCGGACGCAUGUUUAUAUGCCUUCUCGCUGUUCGUUCCCACGAUCAUCAACGAGCUAGUAAGGUAUAAAGCAAUCCACGCUCAGCUGCUCAGUGUGCCUCCGUAUGCUGCAGCUGCCGUCGUGACGGUUGCCGUCGGGUUCAUUGCCGAUCGGACACGCCAACGUGGGAUCUCUAAUAUGCUGGUGUCGAUCCUGGGCAUUGUUGGUUUCUGCAUGCUGAUCGGGGCCUCGUCGCCGGGAGCGCGCUACGCAGGCACGUUCCUAGGCGCAAUGGGCAUCUACCCAGCCAUUUCCAAUACCAUUUCUUGGACCAGUAACAACACCGAAGCAGGAGUCUACAAGCGAGGAGUUACUCUCGGUAUUGUCAUCGGUUGGGGCAACCUGAACGGCAUCGUCUCGUCCAACAUCUACCGGGGCGAAGACGGGCCCAAGUUCUAUCCGGGGCACGGCACGGUACUUGGGUAUCUGGUGCUUUUCUUGUUCGGUGGGUCAUUGGUACAGUAUAUUUUACUGCGACGGGAGAAUGCAAAGCGACGGCGUGGGGAUCGGGACCAUUGGGUAGAGGGACUGAACCAAAACGAGAUCGAGCUCCUGGGAGACAAGAGACCGGACUUCAUUUAUACGCUGUGA